AUGGGAAGGAUCUUUGGAGCAACAUCUCUGGGGGCACCUGCUAUUGACCGAAAAGAGUCCUGCCUCUCAAGCGUCAAAGACAUCACCUCUCAACUCAGUGCCUCCAUUUUCCUUCCUGUCGUACCCCCACAGAGGAGCACGUCUGCUCCGCCCGUGAGUAACCAGGAGCCUUUGCGGCUAGAGCUGAAGCAGCAAAAGGAGCAUGAGCGAGUAGGGGCUUUGCUACGAGGUGUUUCCCAGGACUUCAGUCAGACCUUGGCUGAGCCCAUGUCUUCUGUUCCUUUGGCUCAGUGCCCAGUCCCAACCACCUCCACUGCUCGCGCUCGCACCGGCGAACAAGCUGGCCAGGCCCCAUUUCUCUCGACUGCUGGUGUUGAUUCUCCCAGUUGCGCUGCCAUCACAGCAGCUGUCACUGCCCAAGCAGCUACUUCUGUUUCUCCUGGUGGCAUUGCGGGUGUUGUCGAUGGUGCUUUGCCGUGCCGUCGUCUGGAAAAGGAAUCGGCUCGCAUUGGGAAUCAUGUGAAGCGCGGAAUGAAGAGCAUUGACAAAGAAUACAAGCUAGAGCUCAAGCUGCUCAAGGAAAACGCGAGAAUUGCUUGA